AUGUCAGACACAGACAACGAUAAGGAAGGUCAAAAGUCAAAGGGUGUAUUCUCCACUUUAACGGCCAAAGGAGACUGGCUGUACCUCAAAGGGGAGUAUAAAAAGGCGAUAGAGAGCUACACAACGGCACUGACUUUAAGGCGUGAUGAUAAGACCUGCUUUGUUGGCCGAUCCAAGUGCUACCUGAAGAUGGGGCAAUGUGAAAAGGCUUUAAAAGAUGCAGAGUCUUCACUGAAGGAAGACAGGACAUUUUUCGAGGGAUUGUACCAGAAGGCAGAGGCAUUGUACUACAUGGGAGAAUUUGAAUUUGCGCUGGUGUUUUAUCACAGAGGACAGAAACUACGUCCACAAAUACAGGAGUUUCGACUCGGCAUCCAGAAAGCGCAGGAGGCCAUAGAAAACUCUGUUGGCAACCCUUCCUCUGUAAAACUGAAGAUUAAAGGAGACCUAUCAUUUCUCCAAAAAGAGGAGGAGAGGGCACAGCCAAUUACUGCUAUCCAGCAUCUGAAGGCAGAGAAAAAACAACAGGCCCAGAAGACCCCUAAAAAUGAGAAGAUAACCAAAAAACUGCUGGGAGAGUUUUACAGUGACAAGAAAUAUCUAGAAAACCUGCUUAAAGAUGAAGACUUGGUAAAAGGGAAGACGAAAUAUGGGGAGCGACUGCAGGACGUCAUUCAGGGAUGCCUCACAUACCUUGACACUUGCACCGAGUUCUGGAACCAGGAGAAACCCAUCUGUGAACGGGAAAGGGAGCAUAAGCUCAUGCAGCAAAAAUGUAGCAAGCCUCAUCAUAGCGCACCCUCUGAGCCUGCUCAUUUUCUGCUGAAGAGCCUGGAGGACAUUGAUGCAGAGUUGACAUCUGGAAAUGCAGAGGAUAGUCUCAAGAAGGCGGAAGAAGUCAUGAAGAUAGUGCAGCGGUGGUCAGAGAAAGAGGUUCCUGAUAAGAAAGAGGUUUUGGGCAGCCUGCACAGUUGUAUUGGGAAUGCCUUGAUUGACCUUGGAGACAUGGACAAAGCAUUAGGCCAUCAUCAAAAAGACUUGGAGUUGGCUAAACAGUGCAAACUCCCAGAUGCAAUGUCCAGGGCUCUGGACAACAUUGGGCGGGUUUAUGCCCAAACUGGACAGUUCUCACAGGCCAUUGAGUUCUGGGAGAAGAAGAUACCCUUGGUCCGUGGUGGGCUGGAGAAGACCUGGUUGUUUCAUGAGAUUGGUUGGUGUUACCUGGAACUUAGUCGCCACGAGGAAGCCCGAUACUAUGGCGUCCGUUCACUUGCUGCGGCUGAUGAAAUUACUGAUGAGAAAUGGCAGAUUAAUGCCAGUGUUUUGGUGGCACAGUCAGAAUUGAAACUUGGAAAGUUUGAAUCUUGUGUCUCCCACUUUGAGAGAGCCUUGACCCAUGCCAGACUGCAAGAAGACGACGCUGCUGUUAAUGCCAUUCAGAAGGCUCUUGAUGAAGCAAAGCAACAGCUGCCACAGUGAGGAUGUCCCCAGUGAAGAUUUGUGGUACUUCAGAGGGCUAAUUGAGCAAAAACGUUGA